AUGAAAUGGGUAUCAUCGCUGUCAAGCCUCACCUCCCUCUUCGUCGAGGAUGGCUCUAUACUCACAGCCGAUGUGGCAAAGGCUCUUCGCCAGAAGUGCCCGUCUUUCAACUACCUACAAUAUCACUGCUGCGAAGGUCCCGAGGCCGAUCAACAGCUCGCCGAAUUUUUGCGAGAUCUCAAGCCACAGUCACUGCAAACCUUCGUCAUUCGUAGCCGGAACGAAGUAGGAAACGAGACUUUCAUGGCUUUGCAACAACACUCAAGUUCACUCCAAAAACUUUGCCUCAUGCGCCUCAACCCCACCGCGUUGAGGUCUCUUCACCAGCUUCGGCAUUCCCUCGCAAUCACGACGUUGGCCAUCGAAGGGAACGACAUGGUGGAAGGGUUUGGCUGGCUAGACUAUGAUAACCCGGCCGACUUUGAGGAAGUGGCGGAAGAAUAA